AUGGAUCGAGUGUACCUCCGGGGACCACGUCAUCGCGUCUUUGAAGGGACUCUUUUGUAUUCACGUAUUACGCCAUCAUUUCUUGCACAUUACACCAAAGAGACAGGAGAGUUCGAUUCCUGUUUCCCGACCUUUAGUUGCAUACACCCUGAAACACAGGCAUCAUUGCCCCUCGCACCCGCAUUUAUUCUCAAGUAUCGAUAUCCCCAGCACAGCUUUGGAGAUAUCUGCGCUGCUCUGGGUACAGAGUCCCUCGAUGAAAAAAAUUACGCCAAAUUCAUCUCCGUUCUGGAGAGUGGAAGGCCAAUACCAACAGUACUGUCGCUACCAGCGCAAGCCCCGUAUACUGCUCUUUCUGUCAUAAAAUGUCAGCCCGAGUCAGCUGAAGAUGAUCAAAGAGUUUCCGAAAAGCCCAUCAAUGAUCUAGACAUAUUCGCACUCCCAAAAGGCUUCCCCUUAGUCUAUAAGAUAUACGGUGUCCCAGAUGCCGUUCAGCAAUUAUUACAAGAAGCAACUCACAGAAUAAACUACGACAGUCUACGAGAAGUGCCAGAUACGCCCCUGCUUGAGUUUCAAUGGAUUGAUGAUUAUGACAUCAUAGUUGAUGAAGUAGUUGGUGACUUGGUCGGUUAA